CAGAAAACACCAUCGAACCACAAAAACUUAUCGAAACAACAAAAACAAGGAGAAGCUUAUCAAUCAAUCAUUGAUUGCAGAGAAGCUGCGAGAGAGACAAUCUCCAAAUCUAAUCUCAAUCCGAUCGAGGGUUGUUGUUUACCUUCUUCACACGAAUGACGACUUCUGUUUGCCCGUUCUCCAAAGCUGCUCGUCCGGACGAUGUUUCCAUUCGAAAACAAGGCGAAAUGAAUGCUUCUGGUUGCCCUUUUUCUAAAGCUGCACGUCCUGACGAUGCUUCUGCUCGAAAACAAGGCGAAACGGCGGCUUCUGGUUGCCCUUUUUCUAAAAGUGCUCGUCCCGACGAUGCCUCUGCUCGAAAUCAAGGGGAAAUUUCGAAUAAAGGAUGCCCUGAAGACGAAGGAAAACUAAAUAAGGACUCUACCGAUUCUGCCACUGUGCCUGCCAAGUGCCCGUUUGGUUAUGACUCCCAAACAUUCAAGCUUGGGCCUUUUAGCUGUAUGCUAUGUCAAGCACUUCUGUAUGAAAGCAGUAGAUGUGUGCCUUGUACACAUGUGUUUUGCAAAGUGUGCUUAGCACGGUUUAAGGACUGCCCUCUGUGCGGUGCUGACAUCGAAAGUAUUGAAGCUGAUGAAAACCUUCAAAAGAUGGUUGAUCAAUUUAUUGAAGGUCAUGCUAGAAUCAAGAGAACUGUUGUCAAUGGCACAGAAAAAGAAGAGGUUGAAAAUGAUAACAAAAAAGUUAUUUACGCUGAUGUUUCCAUGGAAAGAGGUUCUUUCUUGGUGCAACAAGCUAUGAGGGCAUUUAGUGCUCAGAAUUAUGAAAGUGCUAAAUCAAGGUUGGCAAUGUGUACCGAGGACAUUAGGGAUCAACUAGGGAGGGAGGGAAAUACUCCAGAGUUGUGUUCACAGCUUGGUGCAGUCCUUGGCAUGCUCGGUGACUGCAGCCGUGCAUUGGGAGACUCAAGCUCUGCAGUCAAGCAUUUCGAAGAGAGUAUUGAAUUCCUGAUGAAACUGCCGAUGAAUGAUUUGGAGAUUACACAUACACUUUCUGUCUCACUCAAUAAAAUUGGAGAUCUUAAAUAUUAUGACGAAGAACUAGAAGCAGCAAGGUCGUUUUAUGAUCGUGCUCUAAAAGUUAGACGUGAUGCAGUGAAGCAUCACCCAAAUUCUCCUUCACAAAUUCUGGAUGUGGCGGUUUCCUUAGCCAAAGUUGCGGAUAUAGACAGGAGUCUACAAAAUGAAGAUGCAGCCACAGAUGGUUUCGAAGAAGGCAUGAAACUGCUGGAAUCUUUAAAACUCGACUCUGGAGAUUCUGCUCUGGAGCAACGACGCCUCUCUGUGCUGGAGUUCCUUAAGAAGCAAGUAGAGAAGCCUGAACAGUCUGCAGAAACUGCACUCUAAACCGAGGCAUGCUUAUGUAAGAGUAUAUAUAUAUAUAGGCCGUUGUGUACCUACUCUCUCCUCUGUGGCAUUUUGCUGAAUAAAAAGAACAAGAAAGCCAAAAAAAAAAAAUGGUGGUGUGUUUGCGCUUAAAGGUCAACGGAACAGAGUGCUCUGUAUGUGGGUGUUGAUGGUUUCUGUUAAUGUUAAGCACGAUUUGUACUCUACGAAUUUUAAUGAAUAAGCUGUUAAUAUAAAUUAAUGGACAUAAAGCAUCUCUCAUGUUAAA